GUUUCUAUAGCUGGCAACGGUCCUACGUUCUUAGGUUAGUUCGUUGCUGGUGGAUCGCUGGGUUGCUGUCUACGUUUGACCGUUCAGAAGUUUUUUAUUUCGACCAAAACAUGAGGGAGAUCGUUCAUCUGCAGGCUGGCCAGUGCGGCAACCAGAUCGGAGCGAAGUUCUGGGAGGUGAUAAGCGACGAACAUGGCAUCGACCCCACCGGGACCUACCACGGAGACAGCGACCUGCAGCUGGAGCGAAUAAACGUGUAUUACAACGAGGCUACAGGUGGGAAAUAUGUCCCUCGUGCGGUGCUGGUGGACUUGGAGCCGGGGACGAUGGACUCUGUGAGGUCUGGUCCCUUUGGUCAGGUGUUUAGACCUGACAACUUUGUCUUUGGCCAGAGUGGAGCAGGGAACAACUGGGCUAAAGGCCACUACACUGAGGGGGCAGAGCUAGUGGACUCGGUCCUGGAUGUGGUGAGGAAGGAGGCGGAGAGCUGCGACUGCCUCCAGGGCUUCCAGCUCACGCACUCCCUGGGUGGAGGCACAGGCUCCGGCAUGGGCACGCUGCUCAUCAGCAAGAUCCGAGAGGAGUACCCGGACCGCAUCAUGAACACUUUCAGCGUGGUGCCCUCCCCCAAGGUGUCUGACACAGUGGUGGAGCCAUACAACGCCACCCUCUCCGUCCACCAGCUGGUAGAGAACACAGAUGAGACCUACUGCAUCGAUAAUGAGGCCCUGUAUGACAUCUGCUUCCGCACGCUGAAGCUCACUACGCCCACCUACGGCGACCUCAACCACCUUGUCUCGGCCACAAUGAGCGGUGUGACCACCUGUCUGCGCUUCCCUGGCCAGCUCAACGCCGACCUGAGGAAACUGGCCGUGAACAUGGUCCCAUUUCCCAGGCUGCACUUCUUCAUGCCGGGCUUCGCACCCCUGACCAGCCGAGGCAGCCAGCAGUACAGGGCAUUGACCGUUCCCGAGCUCACCCAGCAGAUGUUUGACGCCAAGAACAUGAUGGCAGCAUGCGACCCACGCCACGGGCGCUACCUCACAGUCGCCGCCAUCUUUCGAGGCCGCAUGUCCAUGAAGGAGGUGGAUGAGCAGAUGCUGAACAUACAGAACAAGAACAGCAGCUACUUCGUGGAGUGGAUCCCCAACAACGUCAAGACGGCCGUCUGCGACAUCCCACCGCGCGGCCUCAAGAUGGCCGCCACUUUCAUUGGCAACAGCACGGCCAUUCAGGAGCUGUUCAAACGUAUCUCAGAGCAGUUCACCGCCAUGUUCCGCCGCAAGGCCUUCCUGCACUGGUACACGGGCGAGGGCAUGGACGAGAUGGAGUUCACGGAGGCCGAAAGCAACAUGAACGACCUGGUGUCCGAGUACCAGCAGUACCAGGAGGCCACGGCUGAGGAGGAGGGAGAGUUUGAGGAGGAAGGUGAAGAGGACAUGCCCUAAACAUCUGCUAUGGCUUUUUUUUUUUUUUUUUUCCCCCUCCUUUCUAUGCAACAGCUUCAGGUUAGCGCAGUUCAAACAUCAAUAAGUUCAGCAACUUUUUUUUAAGAAUAAAAGUUGUCAUAAAACUUUUUUUUUGUUCCAAGCUUAGCAGUAGUGUGCUGGUGUUCUCCAUCUUUAAAUUUUACAUGUUAAAUGUCCUGGACGACUGAGAACCACGCAGACAUACAUGUUACAUGUUAGUUUUGUUUACCAUCUUUAAAUAUGAAUGUUUUUAGCGUGUCUUCUCUGGUUAAAGAGUUUCCACUUAGAAAUCUGAAAGGCAUCGUUAAAGGAGACCUGACAUUUGUCAUAGGAGGUGCGAUCAGAAAGCUCAGUUUAAGAUUUUAAAAUAUCCUGUUCAAAGUCAUGUAGCUCACUUACCCUUUGCACUCUGAUAUCACAUAUCUUGAACAUGACCCAGCUGCAGCUUUAAUAUGUACUAAAGAGAAUGUAACACUAAUUCAUGGCACUUUUCCUGAUUUAAUGUUUCAUAGAGAAUAUAAUUUUUUUUUUUUUUUUAAGCAGAAGUAAAUAUUUAAUAACAUUUUGUCUAAAUUAAAGAAAAGACAGAGUGCCAGGAACUUGUCAUUCCAGCCCAAAUGUGUGUGCACUUGUUCUUUUUGUAGAUGCAUUUAAAUAAAAGUUUUGGGGGGCGUUGGGGGAUAAAUCCAUAGUACUUUGAGAUUAUCAUCAGUCAUUUUUGUUUCUGGCAUCCCUUCCAAACUGACAACCACAUGUGACUUCCAAAACUUCCACAAUCCUAAAUGGCAAAUUCCCUGUUGAGAUCAAUAAAGUUUGGUGCUACA